AAGGACAUGGGUAGGAAAAGAUUAACUUUAUUCUCAAACUGAAUGUUGACAGAUGACGUCACACCGUGUGAACCGUCACUGCCCUCUUCCUCAAUCACGCGAAGGCAGCUGAACACCUCAGAGGGAGUUAAGGUAACGUGUGCAGUCGCAGAUUCAUAAGGAUUUAACGUGGGUUGACAAAUUUCUGAUUUGAGGUAAACGUGGUGGUUUGGUGGCAGCUUACCUUGGGGAAAAGUUCUAGCCUGCUGGAAAGCAUUUGUUUUUUUAUUGACCAUGAUGAAACAAUCCAAAAGUACACUGGAAGUGAUUGACUUGAGCUUUCUGUCUGCUGAGGAAGAGGCAGCCAUCCGUCAAGUGCUUCUGAGAGAUGAAGAUUUAAAACGACUGGAGGGUGGACGAGUCAGGAAACUGAGGCAGUCUGUCCCUGACCUCACACAGCUGAAGACCUUGUCAGGUGAGUGGUUUGAAGAGCUCAAGGUCAAGCGAUAUGGACAGCAGACGGAUGUCACAGCAGUGGUGAGGUCCUCCAUGAGAUGGAAGAAAACAGCAGCUCAUAAACCCAACCCGUUCCUGAAUGAUACACUAGACGAAAACAAAGAACGUGGAAAGGAGGAUCACAACACACUUUCAAAACCGUCAGCUGACCCUAGAUUAAUUCAUCCAGCCCUUAGUCAAGAGGUCUGUCUCAUUUUAUAUAUAUUUUUUCUGUGAAUAUUUAAAAUGUAA